AUGUUUGAUAUCAAAGAAUGGCAGGCCAUAACCCAUGCUCAGCAGCGUAGAAUGAAUAACAGCACAAACAUCUACAAUGACACUAACAUUCACGACGAUAGCAGCGAUGACAUAAGUGAUGACAGUGGCGAUGACAAUGAGACAAAUUCCGAGGAACUUGAGAUCUCUCGUGUGGCAGAGAUGAGGGAACAAGCAAUGACAUUGCACGCACAUCUCGCUCGGGCUUAUAACGUAAAAACACUAGCUCAGAAUAUCCGGAUUGUGGAUGAGCUCCAGCACGCCUGCUUCUUGAGGUCCCCAGCUUAUUUCCAAGAAGAAAAACGGAUGCGUGACAUCUUUGAUGGAGACCAAAACUAUGAGUGGACCUAUAGCAACCCCAACUUGGAUGACGGAACUGGUCCCAAUAGCUUUCGGGCACAUUAUAGAGUUAGUAGAAAUACAUUCAACAUAAUUGUGAAUACUUUUCAAAACGACCCUGAGUUUGAUGGCUCAGAAGCUAUGGACGGGUUUAUCUACCCUGUGUGGAUGCAGGUUGCUGUUGUGCUUUGGCGCCUCAGUAAUACGAACUUUGGAUCCACAAUCGCGUCAGAGGCUCUAAAUAUCAGUCAAAGCUCAUUCGACCGGUUUACAGAAAAAUUCUUGGAUGGCAUGCUCCGAUCCUUCAUGAAUACCGCAAUAAGAUGGCCUAAAACACCUUGA